AUUCAAAAUCUCUGAUUACAUUUGAAGUUCAGUGCUCAAGCUGAACACAACAGAUAAAUACAAACUUUAUUUAACGAAAUACCUUUUAUAGUAAAUAUUAAUUCAUUAAGAACAAAAACUAAAUGAAAUUAAAAAGCGUCGACUCUUCUUUUUAGAGAGAUUCUGAUCUACUGUCAUUACAAACCCGAAAACUGUAGGCACUCGCUAUUAAGGGAAAGGGAAACCUUAAUUCGUUACUUGCCACAGUAACCAACCCCGUAGGAAACUUUUUCACAUAAAUGGCUACAUUAUAUUUUUAUCUUUACGAGAAACUGUGAGCACAGUCAUGGACCUUUCUGCUAAUGUUGGCAUGCUUGUAUACAAAAUUGCCGCCUGUUUCUAGUUUUUAUUUAUUCCAUGUACCAAUCGCGGUUUUCGGAAGUUAUUGUUGCUCCUGGAGCCUUCAUUACGUACCCUAGGCAGUGUAGCUGUUGUUACAGAACCUGAUGGCAAACCAGCAUUACAGAUUGAUGAUAACGUAUUAAACAGUGUUCUAUACGUGUGAUUACACUAGAAACAGCAAAUACGUGUUAGUCAUUGUGUAAAAUGCCCUAUCUUCACAAAGAACCGUUUAGAAGAGUGAAACCACCGAAAGAUUUGCGCGACGAAGAUGAAGUGUUUUAUUGCGAGAUGACUAACGAAGUGUUCCGGAAUUACGACGAUUUCUGUGAACGCAUCAUACAGUGCAAUUCCCUAGUAUGGUCAUGCGGUCUAUCGGGAAAACCAGAUUUAACAUUUCAGGAAGCGUUGAACAGCGAAAGAGAAGCAAGAAGAGCUCUGAAGGAAUUUCCUGUUGAGCUCAAAGUACCAGUGUUGUAUUUAGCAUCAUUGACGCAGCGAUCAUCCCAGAAAGAAAUGAUGGAAGAUGUUUACUCGUAUAUAAAAGACAGAUACUUCGUUGGGGAAGUGGUGGAGGUGUUGUUUGGUGAAAAUAAGUGGGUUGACUGUCACAUUCUGCAAGUACGUGCUCCAACAGAAGAGGAGAUGCAGAAAGAGAAACCAAUAAGCAACCCAGAUAGCAGGUGUUUUGAACCACCAGCUCAUUUGUAUCAGUAUGAAGUGGAAAGAGUAGAUACCUGUGAUGAGGAUGUUUGUGAAGUUCAUCAUGUUAUAGCAAAUCAUGUUAAGAGGAGGAAGGGAUUGUAUACUAGAGAAAAAAACAAACUUUUUCUUCGUCAAUAUACAGAACAGAACGGUGCUGGUGCAUGGGUAGUUUCGGCUGCUGCUGUACAGAAAUUUGGUUUAUUUAGAGUGAAAUUCCAUAGUAUUUUUGAUGGACCGCCACCAGCAUUCCAGAUAUCGAGGAGAGUAAAGAAAAACAUGUUAAGUCCAAUAAAAAAUAAUAUUAAAAAGCAAGACCCAUUUGUAAAGAAAGAAAAGAGACAAGAAAAUAUACAAAAGUAUUUGACAUCACAUUCAAAAGUGGAGAAGUCUCCGAAGAAACAGGUGCCCAUCCAGUCUGCAGAUGCAGAUCAGUUUUCACCUGUGAAAAAAUCCCCAAAGAAGUUGAUAGAACCAAUUCACAGGUCUCCAAAUCACCAGAUGGCUAAGAAGGUGAAGGAUAAAUAUAGGAGUGUUGGAAACAUGAGAAACAAUAAAUUAUUCGACAAACAUAGGAUGAAGAGGAAUCUUAAAUAUUCACAGUCGAGAUUAAACGAAGAAAGACGACCAAAGCUUAAGGAGAAGACUCUGGAAGAAAAACAAAGGCAACUAGAAGAAAGAAUGAAAAUAAAAGAAAAGAGGAAAGAAGAUAAAUUACACUUUGAGAAAUUCGUGAAGGAGUGGAAUCGUCGUCGAGAGGAUUUGGAGUUAGAAGAUCUGAAGGUUAUGCCAUCACCUAUAGAAGUAAACUGUUGUAUACCACACGAAAAUUUUGGAGACUUUCUUACUGUACUAGAGUUUUUCCAUUCAUUUGGACAAGUUAUAGCAACAAAAAAUUUCUUCCCUUAUGGUGUGACAUUUGAAUUGCUGGAAAGAGCACUAACAGAGCAAGAAGUAGCUGGUCCGCUGAGUGAUAUUUUCCAGUUACUUCUGUCAACACUGUUUGAUAUGCAGGAAGAGGAAGAUGAUGAAAUUUUAGCUACAGAUACUCCAACCACAGCUGAAUUAGACAUUGAUGAACAUGGUGAUGUAACUGCUGGUGAGGCUGUGAAACUAGCUACGGUGGCAGCUGGCUGGAGUCAGCUUUAUCAAGGAGUGCCAUUGUCCAAACUUACAUUAGAUGCUGUUACCCUCACAGAAGUGUUACGUUUGCACUUACUGUCUUCAGGAGGGCGUUCUGCUGAGACUAGCACAAAGUGGAGGUAUCAGCAACGUGGAGGGUAUACCAGCUUUGAUGACCCUGGACUUUGCUUGAGAAUCAAUCAUCCACACAUACUUCGUGCUUUGAGCGUCACCAGUGUUUGUGAAUUGUCAAUAGGUGAUAAGCUCAUUAUCCUUACUUGCCUCAUAAAUCAGAUACUCACAUACACUCGUCUGCGGGAUGUUAUUGAUGAAAGAGGUGAAAAAAUGCGACAAGCCAAAGCUGAAUUGCGCAGUCAUCAGUUGGCCGAUAUGAAGAAGGAAAAGGAAGCACAAGCGCUUAGAAUAAAAGAAAAGAAAGCAGCACGCAUGAAACUCAAAGGUCUCCAACCUAUGGAUGAUGACAUUGUUGAUACUCGAACUCCUGAAGAAAAGGAACAGCAAAAGAUAAAAGCUGAGAAGGAAGUGGCAAGGAGAAAAUUAGAGGCUGAGAAGAAAGCGAAAAAUCUGUACGCUGCUGCUAUUAUCUAUCAGGUGCUACCCCUCGGCACCGAUAGAGCUCAUCGUCGCUUCUGGGCAUUUGCGUCGUUGCCAGGUCUGUUUGUCGAGCAGGAUUCAAGUGCUGCUGGAUCCUGCCUGCCGUAUCCUACCCCGUACAAUGCUAAUCUAGCAGCUCAAACUGAUGACUCCAUUUCUUAUGUGCGCAAACUUUUUGAACAGGAGCGAAAUAGUGGUAGUGACAAGGAGAAUGUGCUGUCAGCACGCAUCUCAGCUCCAGGCAGUCCCAGUAAGAAGCUACUACUGGAGAAGAAUGGACCAUUAACAGCCCGACGUGAUUCAAAAAGCAGCAUCGAAGAUGACGGUGGAAGAUUAUCCUCACAGUUGUUAGUGUGUACUGCUAGUAGUACAUGUCCUGUACAUAAUCCAAGGCAGAAUGUUGUGUGGAGUUUCUACUGCCGUGAAGAAGAUAUAGGAGACCUUAUAAGAAGCCUUAAUCGUCGAGGCAUCCGGGAGAGUGAAUUGCGGCAGAAUCUAAUACACGAACAGCCGUAUAUUGUGGAGAAUUUUCCUCGCUGCCCUACACACAAGUUGAAUCCUUCAUAUGUGGAUGUAAAUGAAGCACUGGCCCAAAGGAAACCUGUCAGAAAUGUUACAAAAUAUGAUGACACAAAUCUUAGCUUUCCGCCUGGAACACCUAUAAUUGAAAUUUUUGAACUUUAUGUCAGAGACUGCAUUCUGGAACUAGAGGAAAAGAUUCAUCUUGGCGGUCUGGGAGCAUUGAAGGUACCACGUCAAGAGUGGAGAACGGCACUUCUUGAAAGAAAAUAUGAUAACAUACCAAGAGCAGGAGAUAGAAAUAAAUUGUGGAAUGACAAAAGAGUAAGAUGUUUAAUUUUAGCUCACUCAUUUCGAUUAUUAUUAUGGGCGAUUGUAUCUUGUACUUUAAGUGAUCAAAUAUAUUUCUUGUUACAGAAUGAUCAGAUCAGUAAUACUCCAGUUGAGAAAAUCAUUAAACAUGAAGUUCCAGACAGCCGAUCAACAACACCUGAUUCUGAACUGAGUUAUAAAGAUCCAGGACGAAUGCUCGGUAAUGACCCAUCUCUGAACCAGCAAGAGAGCGUCGCUGAGCACCCUGCCGUCAAGAGGUUGGCUACUGCAAUUUUGCAGCUCGCUCAUUGUAUGGAUAGGAGAUAUCUUCAGAAACCACUAGUUGAGGAAGCCAAUAGUGAAAACUCAUCUCUAAUAGACCGAUGGGAAGUGUCCUUGAUGGCAUCGUCCAGUUUCUCACAGCUGUAUAUUCAUCUGUUGACCUUAGACAAUAGUAUUCAGUGGUCAAAAUCACUUCUGAAUGCUGUGUGCCGUGUAUGCAGACGAAGACGAGAUGCAGAAAACAUGUUGCUUUGUGACGGAUGCAACAAAGGCUACCACUUGUAUUGUCUGAAACCAAAACUUGAAUGUGUCCCAAAAGGUGAUUGGUUUUGCCCAGCCUGCAAACCGCCAACAAAGGUUCACGUAAAGAAAUCACGACGCCUUUUCUCAGAUCUCUCAGAUGAGGAUGAGCCAAGCAAGAAAGAAGAACCCUGUGAUUUGGUGCAUGAUGAAGUUUGCAAUGAGUGUGGAGAAGAUGGUGAGGAGUUAAUUCCAUGUAGCACAUGUCCUCAUGUGUAUCAUUUAGACUGUUGCAAUCCACCUUUGAAGUACCCACCAAGAGGCAAGUGGAACUGUUCGUUGUGCAAAAGUGGAAAGGAACUGAGAGUUCUUAGAGAUGGAGCUAUGCCAGUACAGCCUCAAGUGCCAAUAAGGCAACGGCGCUGCUGUGCCACUGCAGCUGUGGCUAAGAUCUCAAGGUUUGCCCGACGAUUACGGAGCGAUUCCUGGGAUGAUGAAGACAGCACACAUAGUGAAGACACAUUACCCUCGCGUCGGAGUGGCAGACAUUCCCUUAAAGCUAAUCCAGACCUGCCGCUCAAUUAUCCUGUAUUGGACAAGUUAAUAAAGAACAUGAUAAAUCAUAAAGAAGCAUGGCCAUUCAGAUUGCCAGUCAGCAAAACAGAGGUUCCUGAUUAUCACACCAUAAUUAAGAAACCUAUGGAUUUAGGCUUGAUAAAGCAGAAUCUUGAAAAUAUGGUGUAUAAAAAUGAUAGAGAGUUCAUAAAAGAUGUUCUUUUAGUGUUUGAAAACUGUGAAAUGUACAAUCAGGUAGAUGCUCCAGAGUACAAGGCAGGACUUCGGUUGAACCAGUAUUUUGAAAAACAGUGUGAAGAAUUUGGUCUUCAGGUGAAAGAGGAUGAAAUCCAGCCUAGGACCAAAAGACCUAGAUUAAGUUUUUAGGAAUAUUUAUUUAUUAACAGAAGUUGAUCUUAUAUGUACAUUGUACCUUUUUUAAAAAAACAAACUAUAGUAGAGGACUCUUAAGAGCUAUGCACAGAACCUUUUGUAAAACAUAUACAAGGUGUAAAAAAUUAUUCAAUAAAAUGCUCUAAAUCA